UGGAUUCAGACAGUGGUGAGGCUUUACAAGAUGGAUUGCAGCGCAAGAUGUGAAAAGAUUGCCUCGUCAUCCGGACAAAUACAGGGUCCUGCUCUGACAAGCUGGGACACUGAUGGACCUGGGAACAAGUAGCUGGCUUCCCUGCCGGAUGUAUUUAUCGCAUUAUGUACUGCAAUAUACCCAGAGAGAACUGGAAGACCGCACUGCCUGGCUGGGAAUUUACAGAGGCUUAGGAAAAAGAUGAACUGGCCCCACUUCUGCAUCUCCUGUUGCUGGAUUUACUUUGCUGCCUCCAGACUGAGAGCUGGAGAAACAGCAGAUGGAAAAUAUGCUCACAAGUUGUUUAAUGACAUUUUUGAAGAUUAUUCCAAUGCUCUUCGUCCAGUAGAGGAUACAGAUAAAGUUCUGAAUGUCACGCUCCAGAUUACACUUUCUCAGAUUAAGGAUAUGGAUGAAAGAAAUCAAAUUCUGACUGCCUAUUUGUGGAUCCGCCAAAUCUGGCACGAUGCGUAUCUCACAUGGGAUCGAGACCAGUAUGAUGGACUGGACUCCAUCAGGAUCCCCAGCGACCUGGUGUGGAGGCCGGAUAUUGUCCUGUAUAACAAGGCUGAUGAUGAAUCUUCUGAGCCUGUCAACACCAACGUGGUCCUGCGGUAUGAUGGGCUGAUCACCUGGGAUGCACCAGCCAUCACCAAAAGCUCCUGUGUGGUGGACGUCACCUACUUCCCCUUUGAUAACCAGCAGUGCAACCUGACCUUUGGUUCCUGGACUUACAAUGGCAAUCAGGUGGAUAUAUUCAACGCCCUGGACAGCGGAGACCUCUCCGACUUCAUCGAAGAUGUAGAGUGGGAGGUGCAUGGCAUGCCUGCUGUGAAGAAUGUGAUCUCCUAUGGCUGCUGCUCUGAGCCUUACCCGGAUGUGACAUUCACUCUCCUUCUAAAGAGGCGGUCCUCUUUCUAUAUCGUCAACCUCCUCAUCCCAUGUGUCCUCAUAUCUUUUCUGGCUCCCUUGAGUUUUUAUCUCCCAGCAGCCUCUGGGGAAAAGGUCUCCCUGGGAGUGACCAUACUGUUGGCCAUGACUGUAUUUCAGCUCAUGGUGGCAGAGAUCAUGCCAGCCUCAGAAAAUGUCCCUCUGAUAGGCAAAUACUACAUAGCCACAAUGGCCUUGAUCACAGCCUCCACUGCCUUGACCAUCAUGGUGAUGAAUAUCCACUUCUGCGGGGCUGAGGCCCAGCCAGUGCCACACUGGGCCAGGGUAGUCAUCCUGAAAUACAUGUCUAGGAUCUUGUUUGUCUACGACGUGGGUGAGAGCUGCCUUAGACCCCGCCAAGACAGGGAGGAGGACCACCUCACGAAGGUAUAUGGCAACCUUCCAGAGGCUAAUCUGAAGACGACCAGAAAUAAAGACCUUCCCAGAAAGAAGGAAAUGAACAAACUCUUAAAAAAUGACUUGAGGUACCAGGGUGAAAACCCGCAGGACGUUGACAGUUACUGUGCACGGUACAAAGUGCUGACGAGGAAUAUCGAAUACAUUGCCAAAUGCCUCAAAGACCAUAAGGCCACCAAUUCCAAGGGCAGCGAAUGGAAAAAGGUUGCAAAAGUCAUAGACCGAUUCUUCAUGUGGAUUUUUUUUAUUAUGGUGUUUGUGAUGACUCUUUUGAUCAUAGCAAGAGCAGAUUCGUGAGCAUUUGGUAUGUGGGGAUAAAUCAAUAAACUUCCCCUGUGAUCGACUCUAAUCUUCUUCCAAAUUAGAAAUACCUAUAUCUAUAUAUACAGAGAUAUAUAUAAAUUAGGAUUUAUGUUGUCUUUACAUUUUGUUUUCAACUUCAGAUCAAUAUUAUAGCUAUCUGUCAGGUUAAAUCAAGCAGGAGGUCCAAAAUUUCAAGGGCAGGAAAACGGAGGAAAUACAGAAGGACCCCUUUUAUAACCUACCAGAGUGGUAGGUGUCUGGCUUCUAGAUCACACAGUUAUUCUCUCCUUUAGCAGUACAGAUAAAAAAAGCACACUACAUUCCAUUUAAAAUUCAAAGCAAAACAAAAGAAACGCAUUUUCCCCUUAGUCCCUAUUAGAACAUGCUUUUUAAAAAAGGAAAAUAGUGAUAUAUUCCUUAGUGUAAUUUAAGUCUCACUGUUACCUUUCUCAGGCCUGGUGCAUUUCAAGCCAUAUCUCAAAUGAUGGAAUAAAAAAUUUUGUCUCAUAUAAAGAAGGUCUAAGGAUCAGUGACUUAAUGGGGGAGAGAGUUUUCUUUGUAAUGAUGAUAUCAUAUAUGUUGGUUAUAUUUUAUAUAAACCUUAAAGAUGAAGUCAUGCCUGCAUUUAGUCUUGGAUUUAAAUAAGAUCAUCAGCAAACUGGGCUUAUUUAUUCAUUCAUUCAAUUAUUCACCAAACAUGUAUU